GAGCAGCGGACUUGGUGCAGGGCGUCCAGGGGUAACCUGCUGUCUCGGAGAGAGUGACCUGCGGCCUUGUGUUUCGGAGACGGAGGCUCUGGGUUGGACAGGCGUCUCUCUGAGGUGAAAGAGUCUCAGGCCUGUUCCCGGACGAGGCCUCCCUCACCCCCGCACCAGCCUCUUUGGGGUCAGACAACUCGGCUCAGCCCACACCCUGCCUGCCCGUCGUCACCCCCGAAACCGGGGUUCUCACCUCAGGAUGACUUCUAGACCGGAGAUAGUAGAAGUGCUAGGAGAGGAACCAGUGGCAUCUAAGACUCAUGAUCAUCAACUGGAAUCAGAUCCCAACCCUGUGGAAGCGUGUAAUAAAUCGUCCACCUCCCUGAAGAUGACUGAACGUGUUUCAAAGGAACGAAUCCACCUUGGCCGUAGCCCCCAGAAAGGGGAAAGUGGUGAUCUCAGCCACCAGGAAGAACUUGAAUCCAGGUCCCUUCAUUUGUCCCCAGAGCAGUCUGCUUGUCAUCAAGACAGGAGGCAGUCCUGGCGGCGAGCAAGUAUGAAGGAAACAAACCGGCGGAAGUCACUGCCUCCCUUUCAUCAGGGCAUCACAGAGCUCUGCAGAUCCAUCAGUGUCGACCUAACAGAAAGCAAACGGCUGAGCUCUCUCCUCCUUUCCAGUUUCCAGUUCUCUGUUCAGAAACUUGAACCUUUCCUAAGGGGAACUGAGGGCUUCAGUCUUGAAAGUUUCAGAGCCAAAGUGUCUUCCCUUUCUGAAGAGUUGAAACAUUUUGCAGACAGAUUGGAAAGUAAUGGAACACUACAAAAAUGUUUUGAAGAUUCAGAAGGAAGAGUAUCAGAUUUGGCUCUGGAAACAUCAGUGGCUGAGAUGAAGGAAUAUAUAACAAAGUUUUCUUUAGAACGUCAGAGUUGGGAUCAGCUCUUGCUGCGCUACCAGGAAGAGGCUGAAGAGAUCCUAUCAAGAGGAUCAGCUGAAACCAAAAAUACUGAAGUUGAAGUAGAACCUAGAAUGUAUGUUGGGUCUUCCCAGAGUGAAGUCCUUAAUACAAAACCUGACUACCAGAAGAUACUGCAGAACCAGACUAAAGUCUUUGAUUGUAUGGAGUUGGUGAUGGACGAACUGCAAGGAUCCGUGAAGCAGCUGCAUGCCUUUAUGGCCGAAAGUACCCAGUGCCUCCGGGAGGUGUCAGUACAGCUCGGGAAGAGAAGCACUCAACAGUUAGAUCCUUCACCAGCUCGAAAACUGCUCAAGCUUCAGUUACAGAAACAACCUAGCAGAUAUUGCUCUAAAUCUUGUCAGUGACCUCAUGCAGCUUUCCUGCCACAAGGUGCUCUAGAGGAGAGAAACCGGAAGAGUGCCCCAGUGCACAGCGGGCGGAGCUGUGACAUCUGCCCUGUUGCCUUUGAAGAUAACUGGCUGACUGUAAAGCACUCUGAUUUUUUUUCUUAAAAUGGAAUUUAUGCAUUUGAAAGAAUGUCAUAGACAAGCUUUUUCCAAGAACGAGCAAAAUGCUUGAGACUUUGCUUUGGUAUGACUUUCAGAACUAGUAGCCCAUUCUUUGAAAUAUUCUUUGUGAUCAGAAAUCUCCCUACUCCGAAGAUGUUUUUGAGGUUUUGAAACAACCUAAAGUUAUUCAGGACCAAAUCCAGUAAGCAUUUUAGAGGUCAUUCUGGUUGUAAACAGAAUGAGACUGAUCUUCUCCUGUGACUUUGAGGGUCAUGUUAGGUAGAGGAGUU